GGAUGGACGCCUCUCCCUGCCUGUGUGGCCCUUGAUAGCUUGCUGCAUGGCUGCGCAGCUUAGAGGAAACAUAGGUCCCAGCUAGGAAUAGCAUAACGUCUCAAAACACCCAUCCAUGUCAUAUAGGGCAGGGCAGGAUAUGGUAUCAACGCAGCUAUCUUGGAACCCAUCUAUUGUCCACCAAGGCAGCUGUGUUCAUCAGCAAAGAUGAAGUGAUUAAGGCCUAGAGUGAAACUUUCAUGAGCCAGAGGAAGAGCAUUUUCAGCGGAAAAUCCUCAUCUGUGGGACUGUCUUCUGGAUGAAAUCCAAAUGAGCCUAAUCUCUUACUGAUUUCUGAUCCCAUUGCAAAAUCCACCAUUACUCAAAAGCCUUCCUACAAUAUCAGCACCUGUGGAGAGGGGGAAAGAAGAAAAGAAAAAUAUGCCAAAUCUAAGCAGCUAAACCAGAAUUGGAAAGUAUAAGGAUUUAUGUCGUACACAUUUCUGUUCUGAGUAUUGGAUGGGGCUCAAUGAGGUAGUGUAGCCUUUUUGUGAUGGAGAAGGAGGCAAGCCAGUUGGAGAAGGACCAUGUCCAUAGUGUGUAUGAGAAAAUUGCUCCUCACUUCCAUGAUGCACGCUACAAGGCUUGGCCAAAGGUACAACAGUUCCUUUCAGAUCAAGAACCAGGCAGCUUGAUUGCUGAUAUUGGCUGUGGAAAUGGCAAAUACCUUCAUAUCAAUUCUCAGACCUAUAAGGUGGGCUGUGAUUACUGCUUCCCUUUGGUGGAGUCAGCACGAAAUGAUGGCCAUGAAGUAAUGGUGUGUCAUAGUCUGUGCCUGCCAUAUCGGAAUGAGUGUUUUGAUGCGGUCUUAUCCAUUGCUGUGAUCCACCAUUUUUCAACAAAGGAGCGGCGCGUGCGAGCGAUAAAGGAGAUGGCUCGCACCUUGAGAGUAGGUGGCCAGAUGAUGAUAUACGUGUGGGCAAUGGAGCAAAAACGGCGAAAAUUUGAAAAGCAGGAUGUCUUUGUUCCUUGGAAUCCUUCACCACCUUCCUGGACCUUGAGUAACACUUGUUCUCGUGGAAUACAGAAAUCAAUUAAUCAAAAGGACAAAAGGCUGGCUUUGGACCAACACUCCCCUAAGUUAGCUGGCACUUUAAAAGCACACAGGCAAGCAAAAAGCUCAUCCUUUGUGGGGGAGAAGGAAACCACACACAACUUAUUUGAAAAAUCCCUGAGAUGGUCUCUCUUUUCAAGAUCACUUGAUUCAAUAUUAGACUUGAGUAAUCAGUGGCACCAAAGAGAGCUUAGCACAUUUUCCAAUGGCAGUAUUCAGCUGGAUGAAUUAAACAGGGGAAAGCUUUUUGAACAAAUCAGGCAAGGUGGCUUCAUGAAGCAUAUUUCCAACUUGUCUUUGCGUUGCAGGCAGAAUUCUGAAGAUAAUGCUUCUGAAGUAGCUGUAGAACCAGGGUCACCUAUGAUAUGUCACCCAGUGCCUUUCAAAAGUUGUUAUUCAGAAUUAGGCCAGGACACUAAGCAGCCCCCAGUGUCUCCAGCUAUAAUUCAUGACUGCAGCAGAGUGUGUUUACCUGACCUGGUUUCCCAUCAAAAAGAUGUCAAACAGCAACUUAAAAUAGAUUAUCACCCAAAACAAUCAGCUUUCCACCAACUCCAAAACAGAAGGAAAACAGUCAGCUCUCUACAGGAUACCAAUAAUUAUUGUUCCAUGGCCACAUGGAACAAACAGCCGCAAAGGAGUCCUAAUGGGGCUUGUCUUAGGUACUACCAUGUUUUUAAAGAAGGGGAGUUGGUUGAACUGAUAGAACAUCAUGUUCCUGAGCUACAUGUUAUUCAUUCAUACUUUGACCAUGCAAAUUGGUGUGUGAUUGCAGAAAAGAUUCACGUGUGGAAGAUCUAGGGGAAGAUUUUCAAAGGCACAAGUGACUGACUGCAUUUGAAAGUUAAUGGGAGUUCGGUGCUUGAUGCCUUUGAAAUUGUCCCCCAAGCUUUUUAUCCCCAUCUUGUGCUUUGACUCUCUGUGUGACUUUGUUUCUUUUGUUCUGUACUUGACUGUCACAGUCAUAUACCCUUUUAAAAUCAUUUUAUAGAAACAUUUCCUUCUAUAAUUGUAAUUUCAGGUUGGAUGCAUUUUAAGAGCUUUUUCCAUGGCUUUUUAACAGUAGCUGUCAGUUUUGGUUUUUGUUGUUUUAGAAUAGUUAAAAUGCAUUUAUAAGUUUUCCCAUUGGGAUGUUUUUAUAUGGAUAUUAAAGAUGUUUGUUACUCAUUUAUAAUAAUUUAUUAUCUUUAAUGUCUUUUUAUAUUUAAAAUGUAUUGUGUGUUUGAGUCUUGGAAUAAUACAAGGCUGAUGGUACUUUGAGACGGAUUCAUUAUUUUAUUACAGUCUGCCUGUCAUUCUAUAUGAUACCUCAAGUCACAGUAGAGAGAGUCCUCAUAAAAGAAGUACCAGGUAUUUAUAACCCAAGUACCAGAGACAGUAGCUGGGGACACCCUGUCAGAUAAGUUUAAGACAGCUCAUCUGUUGCCCCCUAACUGUCACAGUCAAGAAUACAAUGGACCUACUCGAGUAUAUAUCACAAUAUAACCUCCCCCCAACACACAAUACAUCUUAAAUCUGUGUAUUUCUCUGAGUUUGACAUGUAUGUUCAAAACGAAAAUCCUCUUCUCUGUCACAAAAUCUGGGAGAAGAAUCAAAGGAAUUCUUAAUAAGCCAUUUAAAUCGCUAAAAUGAAUGAUAAUACAGAAAAAUGCUUGAUGAAAGGUGAAUGCAAGGAAAUAGUAUUUAUCAGCACUAGCAUGCAAUAGUUAUGCUUUUAAGACUUUUUUCAUCAAUAGACAAAGUCUUUUACAAAGGAGGUAAGUUUCAUUAUUCCUGUUUUACAGAUAGGGAAACUUACUCAAAGCCACAUAGGAGGUCAGUGGCAAAAAUCAUCACUUAUUGCUGUCCCUAAUGGUCACUGUUUUAGGUGGUUUGUGUUCUUGUUCAAAGGUUUUCACUAGUUUCUUUUCUUUGGGUUCUGGAAUCACCACACCAAAAAGUAAUCCUGUUUUCUGGGGAAAGACACUGUCAUGUCCAAUGCCUUUGCAAAUUCUUAAUGUGUCUUACUAAGAAUUUAGCUUGAUGUAUAUUGUAUCUUAAAGAGUAGUAAGGAACUAUGCAGUCAUCUGAAUGUUUUUAAUGUAACUUUAAUUCAGUUUGGCUGUAAUAUCGCUAAUGAAAUUUUCUCUACUUCCUGAAAUAGAAUUUAUGUAAUCAGCAAAGUACUGCGCUACAUAUUAUAUUUGCAGGGAAAGAGACUGCUUAAUCUAAUUGUUCUCUUCCAUCUAUAGUGUCUGUUUCCACAAUACUGGGCUUUUCCCCAUGAUGUUAGUACUUUUCUGCAAAUGAACAAAAAAUCAUUAUUCGCUUCAAAAUAUAAAUACAGUUAUAAUUAUUUUAUAUCAUUGUUCCACAGUGAAAGGAUUUUAAUAGUUUCCCCUACUCCCUAAUGUGACUUUAUAAUGUAUUAAGUGGCAGUGAUGUCAUUAUACUUUACAGACUUUCAUUAAUGUGUCAUCCAUUUUCCCAUUGUUUAACAGAUAACCUGAAGAAAAGCUAACAAUGUAUGAGUGUGUUUGUCUGGAGCAGCCAGUCCCUCCCCUGAACUCUGGUAUUUCCAAAGCAAUCUGAUCCAUCAUUAUCCUAGCAAAUGUUCAAUCCUCCCAGACACCAACUAAAGUAUCUCAGCUUGACUUUCUUCUCCCAAUUACAAAGUUGCAUCCUGCUGCUCCUAAUAAAUGGUACCAUCCACCCCAGCAACCAGUUGUGUCUCCCUCCCUGCUCCAAAAUGUGAUAUGCUACCAUCUGAUUUCUAAUACUUCUGGUCCUACUCCUGUUCCUCUUCCACUAGACACGUGCCUGAACAGGAGCCGUGUGACAGAUGGUACCCAGCUUAUCUUAAAGGAAUUUUAUCUUCUGUAGAAAUACUUAGGAUUCUAGCAACUUUUAUUCUUUGUGUGCGCUUCUCAGAUAAAUUAAUUUCUCUAUCUUGAGCAAGGGCCUAUCUUCAUGUGCAUGGUGCUACUAAGAAUGUUCAUUAGUCAGCCUUAGAGAAGAACAGUAAAUAAUGACUUUUGGUCCUGUGCUGAAAAGUGGUGAGUGCCUUCGACUCCUAUGAAGUUCAGGGGCAGUUGAAGGUACUUAAUCCAUCACAAAUGAUGCUCAGCACCUCACAGGAUAGGGCCCUAAUUAUGUGAACUUUGCAGGAGAAAAAAUAAAAACAGCAUUAACAUGGACAGAGGAAAAUGGAUAUUGCCCUAUAAUAUUGCCUAACAUCAGUGCACGUUUAGAAACACUCACUACCCGAAAUUGCCAUUUAAAAAGGAGUACGUUUUCUGUGGUUACCAUUGACAAAGCCCAAGAAUCAGUUACCUCAGGAUUUACCACUUUCUCUGUGCUCACCACAAAGCCUCCUUUAUCUGGAAUCCCCAGGGCCUGGUUACAGGAGCAGAGGGAAGAGGCGUUGGGGAAAUGCUGACCUAAUAUUUGGUGUUAUGUUAACCAUUUGAAGAAGUGCUUAGUUCUUCUGAAUGGUGUUUUUUCGUGAGUGUGUCCUUUGAUAGGACAUCAUCCCUUUUGCUUUUCUGCACUGAAUUUUAGAAUCUAAUUAUUAUUCAAAUUCCCUCUUUUGAGACCAUAGUAAUAGAAUUAAUAUAUUGAUUUACUUUUUUCACUCUCAUCCCACAGUACUACAAUGAAUCCUUACUUUGUUGUAUCAGCUGAAUUAUGGGAUUUCACUACAAACCAAAACCUAAGAAAGAAAAAGGUAACCCAGAUCUGUUCUUCUCUCAAGCUGGAAUAUCCCAAGGGAGUGGUCAUUUGUAGCCAUUGAAACCUUGUUCAUACCAGAGACAUUUCCCAAUGUUGCUAACACUAUUUCAGUUCCACCAAUGAUGACAACAGUGGGGGCCCUAGCAUAGGCAGACCAUUAGUUGCCACUACCAUUUUUAAUAAGUGUGUAGUCUAGUCCAGUGGCUCUCAACCUUUCCAGACUACUGUACCCCUUUCAGGAGUCUGAUUUGUCUUGUCUACCCCCAA